UUUAAGGGGUGUUCACUGUUUCCCCUCUCAUUCAAAUACACCUCAUUCAGAAUGACGCUGACCAGAGCUCUGUUCCUGCUGUUGAACCUCGGAGGAGUCCUGACCCUAAAGAUAUGCUCCUUCAACAUACAGUCAUUUGGAGAGAGAAAAAUCUCCAAACCAGAUGUGCUGGACAUUAUCGUCAAGAUCAUCUGUCGCUGUGACCUCAUGCUCAUCAUAGAGAUCAAAGAUGCGACAGGGAAUGCGUUCCGUCAACUCAUGACUGUCCUGAACAGGACAUACAGAACACGAGCAGAUGAAUUUAGUUACGUUAUUAGCGAGAGACUGGGGAGAAAAUCCUAUAAGGAGCAGUAUGCAUUCAUAUACAGGCAGAAGAUGGUGUCUGUGAAUGCAGUCUAUCAGUAUCCAGACAAACAAACUGGAGAUGAAGACGCUUUUGCUCGAGAGCCGUUUGUCGUUUGGUUUUCGUCUCCAAAAACUGAAAUCAAGGAUUUUGUCAUCAUUCCCAUUCACACGGUCCCAGAGGCAGCCGUGAAAGAAAUUGAUGAAUUGUAUGAUGUUUAUCAAAAUGUCUCAGAGCUGUGGCAAUCUGAGAACUUCAUCAUCAUGGGCGAUUUCAACGCUGCCUGCGGUUAUGUGCAAAAGAGACAGUGGGUGAACAUCCGUCUGCGAUCUGAUAGUGAAUUUGUGUGGUUGACCGGGGACAAGCUGGACACAUCAGUGAAGGCGUCGACCAAAUGUGCUUAUGACAGGGUCGUUCUCCAUGGAGAGAAGAUGGUUGAAGCUGUGAACCCUGAAUCAGUGGAGGUGUUCAACUUCAAAGAUGAAUUUAAACUCACUGAGCGACAGGCUCUGGCAGUGAGUGACCAUUUUCCACUCUGCAUUACUGUGAAAGAAGCACGGAGGAGAGGAUGACCACAUUCUCCUUGUACACUUUUACUUGCCUACCACAGUUCAGACUGACGUACAGCUUGUAUUAGAAAAUGUAUAUGUUAUAACAUACUACCUAUUAAUCAGAGAUGUAGACAGUGAGAGAUCAAUGGUUUAGUAGAAACAAGUGGAAUGUUUUACUGAAAGGUGAUGAAGUGCUGUUUAGAAACCAGCAGUUUAAAGUGUUGGUUUACCUGUUGCUGUGAGACCGUAAGCGAUUUAGUUUGCAAGGUUGUUACUACUCUUAAUCUACAUGAAUUAACUCCAUACAUGGCAACUAAAUAUUGCCUUUUUCACUCAUAACAAUAUGCUGUAGAUGACAAUAAAUUAGAGGCUUCUUAAUAAUGUUCUUUCAAAUUAUUUUUCACCACAGAGCUUAUUUUUAUUUAUUUUUUUUAUUUAACCAGAAGAGCUCUCUGAGAUUAAAAAUCUCUUUCACAGGAGUGUCCUGGCCAAAAUGUGCAGCAGUACAAUCAGUUCCAUUACAGAUAAACAUCACACAGACGGACUAAAAAACACUUAAAAGCAAUUGCAUAAUGUUAGAUCAGCUUCUAUUCGCCGGAUAACUGAUUUAAAACGUUCUAGAGUCAGCAGAUUUUCUAAUUUUAAUUUAGAUUGGAAAAGAUUCCAAUCAAACGGCACUGCGUACAUAAAAGACUUCUUACCUAACUCAGUUCGAGUAAAAGGAACAGAAAGAGUAUAGAAGUUUU